GACAAGCUGAGUUGUAAGGAGCUGUAUGGCACGCUGAGAUGUAUGAAGCUGUGUGACGUCACAUAAAGUCCGUUACUGUCCGAACAUCUCGUUUGAUCAUGAAUUGUGACUGUCGAUGUUGCUGGUAGAAAAUAUUCUGUGUAGACCAUGGUUGGUAGAGAACAGCCUCAGCAUCGAAUUCCCACUUGUCCAAAUGUAAUAACGCCAGACUGUAUUCCAGAAUUCUGUAUUCCGCCCAAACAUACAAGCCAACAGCGUCUGAGCACACAUCACAGGCAUGUCUAUGAUCUUUGCAGCCCAUCAUUUGAGGUUGCUGUAAAAGAGACACAUUUAAUCCAAGUUGACAGUGUAGAUGACCCUCCAGAGGAAGAGAGCACAAAUGGUGAUCCCCAGUCUCAGGCAGCUCUGUCCCUACCUCAUCUUCCAAAAGCUCAGACCUCAUAUGGGUUUAGUACCCUACUCGAAAGCCCAAAUACCAGAAGGAAGGAGUCACUGUUCCACAAUGACCCAAAUAACCUCCCUUCCCUUCUACCUCUUCCCAAUUCUCAAGCCACACAUUACCUGGGAGGGUACUCUCCUUGUCGUUUAACAUCUCCAAAUCUGCAGCCUCUUAGCAGGUCCACUACCUUUGAUAGUGACACAGCUUCUUCAACAGACUCUUCCCCCUUUAGCUCUCCACUUCUUCAUAGGUCCCUACCAAGCUCACUGCUCAAAGCUUUAAAUCAGGAGAAAAAAAAUGCCAGGACCUUAAAGGUCAACUACAAAUUUUAUAAUCUGAGGCACAACUCAAUCUCCACAGAUGAGGACAGUUCAACAGACAGCAGUCCGUGUGUCACCAGAAGGGCAUCUAGUGAAGGGGCACUGAUGCCAGCUACACAUUCUCCCAUGAGCCUACUAUUAUCUUUCAGUCAAUUUCCUCUAGAUGGUAUUGUACCUCUGGAUACAGGAGGAAUCUUGAGGAUCUCAAGUGAAUACUGUCUUGAAACUGAGAGACUCCGCAUCCGGCUGGUCAGUGCAGAGGGCCUUUACAAACCAUCUGUAGAUGCCCAAAACAUCAGCAGCUACAUCUCUUUAUCUCUUGGUCCUGGAAAGAACCAGAAACAGAGGAGCACCCUGAUCCGAGGCAGCAGGAACCCCAUCUUCAAUGAGGAUUUCUUUUUUGAAAGAGUCGGACCUCAAGAUAUUAUGCAGAAGUAUUUGAAGUUUAAAGCCAUAAAUAAAGGAUCCAGCAUCUGGAGAGAUAGUGUGCUUGGGAAGAAGAAACUAUGUCUUCUCAAUGUUUUGCCAGUGUAG